GAACACAGCCUCAGAACAGUCGAAAUCGUAUCGAAACGCAGCCAAUAUAUCGUAGUCUUACCUCAAAAAUAAGACUUUGCUUUGAGCUGUACGGGAACCACUAAAAGACGACCAUUAUCGACGGGCCCCAACUACUUGCGCGAGUAAUUUAAGGAAACGCGCAAUCAAAAAACUAAUCAAGUCGCAAGAUUAUAAUAAUUAUAUCACAGAGAACGUAUAACAGCUGGAAACAUGGAUUUUGACAUUCUAAACGUCGACCCCAAGGUCGAAGCCAGGAAACACAAGCUUAAGCGCUUCAUACAGUCACCCAACUCAUUCUUCAUGGAUGUACGCUGCCCAGGGUGCCUCACCAUCACUACCGUAUUCAGCCACGCACAAACCGCUGUCAUUUGCGGAAGCUGCAACGUUGUCCUCUCGGAACCAACUGGCGGAAAGUGCAGGCUCACCAAGGGAUGCUCUUUCCGAAGAAAGGUUGAGUAAGCUUCUGUUGACAUAUGUAACUAAAGCUUCAUGACCUUAUAUCAAUGCCCGCAGUGUUGGCUCGUAGGCUUUGAUACCGGUUAUCGCGAUCGUAUGGUAAACCCUGACCUUUAAUUCUCAUAGU